ACUUUGAUUAAAUCAAACUUCGCCGCCGCGAGCAUGAGCGGUUACCGCCUCCACCGUGCCCUCUGCGCCAAACCCGAACUCGAAGUCGUCGAAGAAGAAAGCGAACAGCGCUCACAAGAUGCGCCUGGCAUUCACCGUCGCCACAUUAGCCGCCGCAGCGGCUAUCGUCUCCGUCUUCUUCGCCGCGCGAAGGCGCAAGCAGCACAAGUUCGCUUCGAGUUCGUGCUAUUUGCAUUCCGAACAGAAACCACAGUGUGCUUUCAAGCGCGUUGUAGCGGAUAACUCCUAUGCUCCGUUCAAGCACCUCAGCAAUGACGAGAAUGCUUCGAACUCGCAUCCGUUCGAGGCAGAGAUUACGGCAUUGUUGAAAAAUCCUCAGCCUGAAAUUGAUCUUGGAACUGAGAUGGUGGACUUGGAAAUGAAGGAUUCAUAUGUUUGGGUUCAUACCGAGAUGCAGUUAAAGGAACUGGUUGAUGUAUUGAGCGAAGAGAGAUUCUUUGCCGUGGACACGGAGCAACAUAGCUUACGAUCCUUUUUAGGCUUUACAGCAUUGGUUCAGAUUUCUACACAGGAGGAAGAUUAUUUGGUUGACACAAUUGCCCUGCAUGAUUUUAUGGCCAUUCUUCGCCCUGUUUUUGCCAAUCCUUCAAUUUGUAAAGUGUUCCAUGGGGCCGACAAUGAUAUACUGUGGCUACAGAGGGAUUUCCACAUAUACGUUGUUAAUCUAUUUGAUACUUCAAAGGCAUGUGAGGUGCUGUCGAAGCCACAGAAAUCACUUGCUUAUUUACUUGAAACUUACUGCGGUGUGACAACAAAUAAAUUAUUGCAGCGUGAAGACUGGAGACAGCGCCCCCUCUCAGAAGAAAUGGUACAUUAUGCACGAACAGAUGCACACUAUCUGCUGUAUAUUGCAAACUGUCUGAUCAAUGAACUCAAACAACUGGACAUCGAAAACUCCUGUUCUGAAGACAAAUUCCAUUUUGUUCUUGAGGCUAGUCGGCGUUCAAAUAUGAUUUGUUUACAACUUUUCACGAAAGAGAUUGAUGCUUCUCCUGGAGAAUCUUCUGCAUUAUCACUAUUUUCACGUCAAGCGAGCAGUCAUGGCUUUCCAUCAAUUUCAAACGAAACCCAGAUUCAGAUUAUUGUGAGGCAACUCUGCGCAUGGAGAGAUCUGAUGGCUCGUAUUCAUGAUGAGAGUUUAAAAUAUGUACUGUCAGACCAGGCAAUUGUUGCUUUGGCAAGUAAGCCUUCAGCAAGUCACACUGAAAUAUACAAGACCAUAGCUCAGACUGAUAUUAACAUGAAAAUGGGUCUCAGCUCUUUCAUCCCUUCCCCAUCCCCUGUUGUUUGCAGCCACCUGAAUGAUCUCCGUCAUUUGCUUGCAAACAAGUUGGUUAAUGAUGAUAUUUAUUCGAUGAUUCUUCAGAAGUGUCUGGGUCAAAACGGGAGUUGUCCACUUUCUAUUUUUAAUUAUGCUUUGUUGGUGAACAGUAACCUGAGACCUACUUUAGUCCAUAAACAACCUGGCCCAAAAAAUCCUAAACAAUAUUCUAGGAAGGCUUCUCGAGAUUUGUUUGUUCAAAAAUUCUCUUGUAAAUCUCCUGUUUAUCACAAUUGUCGGAUAUAUGCUAAUGAUGGGAGGCUGCUUUGUUAUUGUGAUCAGAGGAAACUUGAAUGGUACCUUAGUCGGGAUCUUGCAAAACUUGUUGACGAGGAACCCCCAGCCAUAAUGCUUCUUUUUGAACCCAAAGGCCGGCCAGAGGACGAAGGCAAUGACUUUUAUAUCCAGAGUAAGAAAAAUAUAUGUGUUGGGUGUGGUGAAGGAAAUCACUACUUACGGUAUCGAAUAAUCCCAUCAUGUUACAGAAUACAUUUCCCUGAGCAUUUGAAAAGCCAUCGAUCUCAUGAUAUUGUCCUACUUUGUGUGGAUUGCCAUGAAGUUGCACAUGCUGCUGCAGAAAAGUACAAGAGAAAAAUAGCUGUUGAAUUUGGGAUUCCUCUCUACCUUCGGAGGGUAGUUCAUCCUGGUCAAGGGGCUGAUGAACAGAUUGAAGAGAGAGGUGUAUCUCCAUUACAGUUACGAACAGCUGCUAUGGCUCUUCUACGCCAUGGACCAAGAAUGCCUGUCAAUCGCCGCGAAGAACUGACUGAGAUUGUAAGGAGAUAUUAUGGAGGAAGGGAUAUAUCUGACGAAGACCUAGAAAGAGCUUUGCAAGUUGGCAUGACUCCUCAUGAGAGAAGACGAUUUGAGAAGAAGAGCGGAUUUUCUUUCAAACAUUCUACGGAGAGUACUGCUACGAUGCCAGAACAAGAUAAUCAUGCUGGUUGCACACGCAGAAUGAGUAAUGUGGACACCUUGAAAGUUGUUGCUCGUGAUGGCUCAUAUGCAAAUGAAGAAACUAGUGAAGUAGAUGGAGAACUUUUGAUGAGAAAAGAUGAUUUUGGAAACUCCACUUUAGCUUCUGAUAUUACAGUUAAUGGAUCUGUCUCUGCAGCUUUGCACGGAAACACGAUCACAGUUGAAACUUCAGAUUAUGAUGAAAACAGUGACACUGCUGUAAAUGUUGAUAAUAGCUGUCUGAGCAGAAGGCAUGCAAAUGGACAUAGCGACUUGUCCUAUCCCCUCAAUGAUGAAAAGUCGACACGUGCUGAACAUAAUUCAAAACUAUCACUCUUGGGACAUGGACCACAUGGUAAACAGGUUGUAGAUCAUUUACUGAAGGAGUAUGGUGAAGAUGGCAUUCGAGAGUUUUGUCAAAGAUGGAGAAAAGUAUUUGUGGACGCUGUAAAUCCACGUUUUCUUCCUGCUGGUUGGGAUGUAAAACACAGGCUUUGAUUUUGGACACUAUUUUUGCCAGUGGAAGAAGGGACUUCGGCGAGUUCAGUGUAUACAAUCCUGACAAAAGAGCAGCUGCUGUUGGUAGAGAGUAACUGUGCAGGAUCUGUUUGAUACUCCACUUCCUCUGACGGCAUAAAAACUAAACACCUUAAUUUCAUUUUUGUUUAUUUUACUAUUGAGAAUUUUCAAGUAUUGUCUUUUUGUAGGUACAAAUAGCUCUCGAUAACAGUUUUGUCAAUGGUUUAAUUAUUCAAACAUAAAAAUACAAGCAUUCUUGUGAAUUUACAAAGCAAGAACGUUGUUGCUUGUGUUUUUCAAUUAUAACCCACGGCAUUGGAUCGCCUUGAGAGUGACCAACCAAAAUCCAGAGCCAAAUUAAAUUUU